GACUGACACCCUCAUCAGGUUGUUACAGCCACCUUAGCCCUUGGUAUUUUCAUGUGAAGACCGCUAACUCCUCCAGCGCAGGGGCCGUGAUUCAGCUGACUCCCCGGCUCACUUCCUGACUCAGAGCAAAUGCUCAACUAGUGUUGUUGACUGAAAGGAAAAAACACAAACAAAAAUCCGCCCAAUUUCACCAGUCAACAAAGAAAGGCAACCAUGACAUGUUACUUUUCCAGUUUCUCAAGUCGCAAAGAUUUUUAAAAAGGAAGUAUGGGGAAACUGUCCGGAAGGAUGUGGUCAGGUCCAACCUUUCCAAAAAUCAAUCUGGUAACUUUUCGGAAGAAAAUCCUGAGAAGUGGGGAGGUAGAAGCCAGAGCCAAUUGAGGGUGGCGCCGCCCUUACAGCACGGGCUCCCAGUGGGCAGCCCCCCAACAGGCAAUGGGCCUAAUCCUCCUGGGCCAAUCUGCUAGGCAGCCCCCACCUGGGGGCCUAGAGCUAAGCGCGUUUCGACCCGACAAGGCCUGCGUUAACUGCAUGGGCUCGGCCUCCUAUGCAUUCCCCAGUCCCACCGCCAUUUUUACAUCCAGAAACGACCGCACGCGCUAUUUGGAAACGCAACUUCGUACCCGCGACCCAACUGGACCCCAAAGCCAGACCUGCACGUCACAGAAGUCCUGGCCGCUGCGAGGAACCAGGCUCCACAUACUCGCUGGCGGUCUGGACUCCCCACUCACCCGCACGCGGAAGGACCUCAGCAUCUCCGGGGCCUUGCCCACCACGCGCCCACCACGCCAGCCACGGCCGUGCGCUCUCACUCAACAGAGGCUGCACAGCGCCGAGUCCCCAAGGUUGCUACGAAACCACACCACACGUAGGAGCGUCUUGAAUCCUGAGGUGCGACCUGAAACAUCUGAAGUGAAGGAUGUGCCAUCGACUCAAGUUGCGUGUUUCGAGUGCCGAUUUGCAGAAAGACUGCAAGAUAGGUGGCGGGGUAGAGACACUAUCGCAGCCACCUUGGCGGAACCCUCCAGCCCACAGCUCGCAGGUUUCGUGGACGUAGGUUCUCCAAUAGACCGCUACUACCGGAAACGGAAAGCCUUGGGCCGGCUGGAGAUUGGACGCGGGGCCGGAAGCGGAAUAUGUCCCAGUGAAAGGAGACCACGUGAUUGGCAUAGUGACAGCUAAAUCUGGAGAUAUAUUCAAAGUUGAUGUUGGAGGGAGUGAGCCAGCUUCUUUGUCUUACUUGGCAUUUGAAGGUGCAACUAAAAGAAACAGACC